GAGAGAGAGAGACUUUCAGUUGGUUCUAAUAAAGCUAUUACAUUAUACGAGUUAGGUGGGGAAGAAGGAGCCGCCUGGCAAAUGCUGCUGCUCCAGGGUGCCUGGCGGAGGGACAGCCCCACCCAAACUCUGUACAUUGAGGGACGGGACGAGUGGACCAAAGCGCGACUUGAUGGAGAAAAACGCCGCUCGUUUCUCCCUUUCUUCCUCCUUAGCCCCUUAAAACAGCGAGGGCGGCCAGAAGGUUUAACGUGCCUCCCGCUAUCGUUGCGGAGAGCCUCAGCGACGAGUUUUUUUUAAAUACAAAUUUGCGUUAUGUUAUCCGAUGUCUCGUACAAGAUGCAAUCCUAUGGAUGCUUUCCUGGGGAUAUAGGGCCCAAUUGUACAUAGUGCGAGUUCAUUUUUAUUUUUCUGUGUUGUAAUGGAAGAAAAUGGAGUUGAUCAUGAAAACAGCAUGGAGAGAGCCAGUGACUUCUUGGUCAACUCUAAUAAUACUGAAGAGGUGGAAACUGGUGACCAAGUAUUCCAGCAUCUAGGAUAUGUGGAAAUGAAGGACUUGUCCUUUGGACAGAAUGUUUCUCGAGCAGUCCUGCCCAUCACAGUACCAGUUUCGGAAGAAGUUUCUCAAUCACUGAAUGCACAAAUGCAGCUGUCCCACUCACUUGCUUUUUCGCCAGAAGAGUUUCAUCUUGUACAUCAGAGUGGCCAUUCUCUUUAUGAAGUGCAAUCCUCAGAGGGGUCCAGUACUCACAUGAUGGUUGUUGCCAGCCAGUUUGAAAAUGGGCAAGUACUACAUGUUAUUCCUUCUGCUCAGCCAGGAAUGGCACACGUGAUUAUUCCCCAAGGUCAACUUCUGGAUAUUUCGAGUUCUCAGGAUGUUUCAGAAGGGAGAAACUGUGAGAAUUUGCAGACUGCGGCAGUGGCUGCUAUGGCAGACAGUACAAGCAGAUACAUCUUUCAUUCUGAAGCAUCUUUCACAGUGCCCAAAAUGACAUCUACCAGGACAUUGGAAGACACUGUCCCAGUUUCCCCUCAACCAUUGCCCCCAAAUACACCUACUUGGGCUCGCCGUCUCAAGAACUGUGAGAAAAUUGGGGAUUCAUACCGUGGAUAUUGUUCAAGUGAAACAGAAUUAGAGAGUGUUCUAACUUUGCACAAACAGCAAACCCACAGUGUGUGGGGAACACGUCAGUCUCCAAGCCCUGCUAAGCCUGCCACAAGGCUGAUGUGGAAAUCGCAGUAUGUCCCAUUUGAUGGGAUCCCUUUUGUCAAUGCUGGAAGCAGAGCCAUAGUGAUGGAGUGCCAAUAUGGGCCCCGAAGGAAGGGUUUUCAGCCCAGAAGAAAUGGUGAACAGGAGAGCAUUUCCUGCCAGCUGUACAAAGCCACUUGUCCUGCAAGGAUCUAUAUUAAGAAGGUUCAGAAGUUUCCUGAAUAUAGAGUUCCUACAGACCCCAAAAUUGAUAAGAAAAUUAUACGCAUGGAGCAGGAGAAAGCUUUCAACUUGCUGAAGAAAAAUCUGAUUGAUGCUGGAGGGGUUCUCAGGUGGUAUGUGCAGUUACCUACCCAGCAGGCUCACCAGUAUCAUGAAAUGGAGAUCUGCCUUCCACCUUCACCUUUCUCCAUGCCAUCUCCUGAGAAUGAAGAUGAUGAUGCAGUCAAAGAUGACAACUGCUCAUUACCUUCGCGACUUCACCCACAAGUAGCAGAUAAGAUCCGAGAACUAGUGUCUCAAGGAAUAGAACAAGUGUAUGCAGUGAGGAAGCAGUUACGAAAAUUUGUGGAACGAGAAUUGUUCAAACAUGAUGAAGUGCCAGAGAAGCACAACUUGUCUUUCUUUCCUACUGUAAAUGAUCUCAAGAACCACAUUCAUGAAGUGCAGAAGACUCUAACGAAUGGGAAGAUAGUGUAUAACUCAGAAACUAUCCCAGCAAUGCUGCAGUGGACCACAGACAGUGGGAAUAUUCUCACUGAAACAGUGACUGUUACGUUUGCAUCUCCACCUACUGGGGGGAGCUCACCAGAAAAAACCAUAAUCAAAGUGGAAUCAAAUCGAACAAGGGAGCUCUUAUCUUCAAAGUCAGCUCAGUUAUUUUCUUCGCUUCAGCCCAGAGUAUUUGCCCAGCUCAAGGGAUUACAGUUGCAAUCAGCUAAUGGAGUAGUAGCUCCAGUGACAGUACUGACAAUGGAUAGCUAUCUUCCUUCCUAGCCGGCAAGCCUUCUGCAUUCUAUAGAGAGGCACAUAAUCAGCCAUUCUAUAUCCUGUCAGGAUAAUAACCUUCAUGAAAGUUUCAGUCAAACACAGAACAGUGGUACUGCAUCACUGCUUGGAGAGCCACAUGUACCAAAUCAAAGGGUUGUCACUUUGAGCCAGCUUAUAACUGUUGGAAAUGCUGACACUGUCAAAGCUAAUGGAAGUCUUUUAGGAGAUGAACAGACCAUUCUUACACAGGCUGUAGACAACUGUCCAACUCUGAGACACUGUCUGCACAGGCCACAUUAGUCAAGAAACUAAAGAACAAGCACUCUCCUUGGAAACGGACACAUUCAGAGACUUCCAGGCACCAUCUGUACUUGAGUCUAUGAAGGCUGUUGAGAACUUGGAAUGAUGCAGGUUCUUGUACCUUUUUGUAAUAGACAUCUACUUUGAUUGACAGCUGAUCUAGUUCGCUCUCAGUUCCAGAUUACUUGUUUCCCAUGUGAAGCUGCUGGUAUUUGUCAUCUUCCUUCUUUGCAUGGUGUUUCAAAUAAUACCCAAGUGGCCUGUUAUGGUCACUAUUUCAGUGGGUCUUCCAAAAUCAAAUUGUUGAGGGAUUUUGUUUCAUUUUGUAAAUUUUGAAGCAGAGUAAUACCUGCUGUCACUGAUAUUUUUUUUCCUUUGAAACCUUCAGCUUGUCUUGGCAAACACAAGGAAAUAUGCCCAGAGCAGCAUCACUGAUGGACUUUAUUGAGACUGAGCCUUUAAUUCUCCACAGGAAAUGAAUGCAGGCUAAAAAGGGGAGAAAAUGAUGAUCUUGGGGAAGGGAAUUGAGUUGCCAGCACAAAAGUGUUGAACUGUAUGACAAGUGGAAGUGUACGUGAAGUUGUGGAAGAAAAAUGUUUCCCUUGGUAACCUACGUUUAACCUUCAGACUUACUGAUAGUAUUUUCUUUCUCAUCUUGUGUGCCUUAUACUGAACAGGAAAGCAACGAAUGGAUCAGUGUGGCUAAAAGCAUACGUUACAUUUGGUGAAGAAUUGGUGGCGAUUCUUCAGCUGCUCAUUCUCUUUUACUUUGUGCACUUUAUCGUUCACAUUCAGAUAUGCAUAUAGGGAACUCAUACAUUUUACCAUGCUAUAGAACAGUCCUCUGAAAUCCAUAAUGUGUCUGACUGUUCAAGAAAUAUGCAGUGGUUCCAUCCAUGAGUUAACAUGGAUAUACUGAACUUUGGGUCUCCCAUGACUUCCCCUGCCCACCCCCCAAAAAGAAGUCUUUAAGAAUGUAAAAUGGAGUUCUGAUGUUAAGACUGUCAGUUAUGGAGAGAGAAAGGGGAUUUCAGCUAGGAUAGAUUUCAGUUUUCUCUGUACCAAGGAGAAUUCUGAAGGCAUUAUUCACACCUGCAGGAUUAAAAAAUGAUCAACUUAUAUAGCAGCUCUGUGUACUCAUGCCAUCUUUUCUGUGUGUAUGCAUAGUAGUUCUAAGCAGAUAUCUCUGUCUAUUUCAUUGUCUGGAAAUUGGCUUCAUCCUUUAAAAUUAUGAGGGGAAAACUGUUCUCCAGGGAAACUUCCUAUGCAUUUGCUCAGAGCUACAAUUCUCAAAUAGAUUACUGAAUCAUACUGCCUGUCUUUAGCAUUAGCAAAGAAUUAAAAUGCUGUCUCUUUAUUCUGAAUAUUGUUGUGUGCCUUUGUGUGCACACAUACAGCUUAAAUUGGAAAUACACCACAGAAAUAGGCUCCUUUAAACCCAAAUAUCCAUUUUUAGAAUCUCAAUAAUGUUUUUAAUAUUUGUCUGAUAAAUCCAAUGAGACUUUUGCCUUAUGUUUUAUUUCUUUAGGAGUGAGUACUAAGAUUCUCCUCUUACCACUUCCAAAAUUAGUGUCAACAAACAAAGCCAAUGGAGCACUUUAUCUAAAAUGAAAAUCUCAUGUUCUCAUUUAUAACUGAAUUGCCCUGCAAGCUGAAAGAACUAUAUAUCUAUAUAUAUAAUUAUAUAACCAGAUAUAGAUAUAACAAGUCAACAGUGCAGUAUAGAGAGAAAUGGCUUCAUGUUUGGCAGUUACAAGGGUUCAUUUACCUGCAAAAAAGCAAGGAUGGGAGAAGCAAUGCUAAUAGAAUUUUCUUUCUGUGCGUCUUUUUCUGUCUAGACGUGAGAGUUACUAUUGACAAUCAGCAAUUUUUUUUGCGUUCUAUUAGAAUCCCAACAUUCCUUCAUCCUUAUUCUUGUUACAUCUUGGCUCAGAAAACAAAAGGGCAAUCAAUAGGUGUCUUAAGAAACAUCCAAAAAAUGUAGGUGCAUUUUAUCCUGUAUUUGUUAUUGUAGCUCUUCCUUGUUGUCUAGAGUAGGGAUUAAGUGGGAGAAAAAUUGUACAAUUUACAGAGAGGGUGCUAUCAAGAGGUAUAAUCCACAACCUUUAAAUUAUUUUCUAUGAGCAAUCUACAUGUCUGGGAUUGUGUUACAAAUGGUGUCCUCAUGACUUAGUUCUCAUUGAUUUCAGUGGGACUAACCUAUGAUCCAACCCAAUGGGCCAUAUCUAUCACUGCAGCUCCACUGGCACAAGGGACUUUUGUGUGCAUAACAGCUCUUAUGUCUCCUUCAGCCCCCUUCCACGUGCCGACAAAAUCAGCUUUGGAGGGCUGGGGGACCCUCCAGAGCAGAUUUGAAGGUGGGGGGGGAGAGGAAAGGCUGCUUGUGCCAGCAGAAUUCUGCUGAUGUAUCAUUGGAUACAUCCUAAUAUGUAAACUUGCUACACUACAACUUACAGUUUUUUGCAAAUACCUAUUCACCAUUGGCAGCUUCUAAUAUUUAAUAACAACACUCAUUCAAGCUGUAAAGAUUUAAAACUUGAUCAUGUGAAUAUGAAAAUGUUUUUCCUUGUACAAAUUUAAAAACACAU